UGGCAAAGUCGGCUGAAGCACAAUUGCACAAAGCAGAAAAAAGAGCUCAUUUGCUCUUUGUGAAGAUGUGAUGCAAACAACAACAAGAAGAGGAAAAAAAUUCCGGUUUUAUCCCCAAGCUCCAUUGCUCCAAGUUAUUUCAAUUUUGUUCUCUUCAAACCUACAAUGAAACAAGAUAAAAUUGGAUCAUUUUUUGGAAGAACAAGCAUCAAUAAAUCAAGUGUUGGAGAAUCCUCCAAAAGAACAUGCUCUAAUGAUUUAUGUUUGAAGGAUCCUCUAAAAGACCAUGUCCUUCUAAUCAAUCAUUUCCUUCAGUUUCUAAUUGAUGUAUCAAAAAAAGAACAAAUGACCAUAGUUUUGAGAUAUGUUGACAACCUUGAAGUUGUGAAGGAAAGAUUCAUUGGAGUUGUACACAUGAAGUAUACAUCCUCUUUAACUCUUAAAGCGGUCAUAGAUGAGGUAAAAGGACAAGGUUACAAUGGGGCAAGAAAUAUGCGAGGUGCAUUCAACGGUUUAAAAGCUUUGAUUAAUGAUUUAGUGCAUUUUGUGCAUUGCUUUGCACACCAACUUCAGUUAGAUAUUGUGGGUGUAGCAAAGAAGCAUGAUGGUGUCGAAGACAUCUUUGAGAAACUUUCUUUGGUGGUUAAUGUGGACAAUAGCGACAAUGAAGUCUUUAAGAGGCACGGGGCCGGUUUGUUAAAUUUUAUCGAAGGUUGUUGA